AUGUUACGCAGGACCGCUGGCGAGGCCCUCAAGAAGGGCCCUAAUGAUGUGGUUGUCCUGUCCGCAGUGCGGAGUCCCAUCGCACGGGCAUUUAAAGGUGGUUUCAAGGAUACCUAUCCCGAAGAGAUUCUGAUGCCUGUCAUGCAAGCUGCCGUGCAUCGAGCUAAUAUCGAGCCGGGCCAGGUGAACGACGCCCUCAUCGGAAAUGUGCUUGCGGAGCUGGGGUUCGCGAAAACCGGUCGCAUGGCUCUCAAUGCAGCUGGCUUUCCCAACUCGACAACCUUCCAUACCGUCAACCGACAAUGUUCGAGCAGUCUACAGGCUAUCACGCAUAUUUCACACUCCAUCUUGGCUGGACAAAUCGAUGUCGGACUUGGUGGCGGUGUGGAAAGCAUGUCGCGGAACUAUGCGACACGAGGUAUUCCUGUAGAUGUGUCUGCAACUCUGAAGGAGUCGCCUGUAAAGGAUGCCCGGGACUGUAUUCUGCCUAUGCUGCAGACUUCGGAGAACGUCGCAUCGCGGUAUGGAAUUAGUCGGCGCGAGCAAGACGAGUUCGCAGCGGAAAGCCAGAAGCGGGCUAGUGAGGCACAGAAGGCGGGCAAAUUCAAUGCUGAAAUUGUGCCGAUUCGAGUCCGGCAUGUCAGUGAAGGUAUCGACGAGAUGACCUUCCAGGUUGUGGAGCGCGAUGAAGGCGUUCGCCAUGGAGCUACUGUUGAGAGGCUGUCAACUCUCAAGCCUGUUCUGGAAAAUGGUUCCAGUACAGCUGGAAACUCAUCACAAAUAUCUGACGGUGCAUCAAGUGCUAUUCUUGCGCGCCGGUCCUGGGCUGAAGCACAUGGCCUAUUGCCCAUUGCCCGUUUCGCCGGUACCCAGGUCGCUGGGUGUGCGCCGGAUGAGAUGGGAAUCGGUCCUAUCUUUGCUAUACGAAACUUGUACAAGUAUCUUGGCAUUGAGAACAAGGACGUCGACAUUGUGGAGAUGAAUGAGGCCUUUGCAAGUCAGUCGAUCUACUGCCUCCGAGAGCUAGGUAUCGACAUGGCCAAAGUCAAUCCAAAUGGUGGUGCUAUUGCCCUUGGACAUCCUGUUGGCGCGACUGGUGCCCGACAAGUUGCUACUCUUCUCGCGGAAUUGCAGCGACAGGAUAAGGAGAUGGGUAUUGUGAGCAUGUGUGCCAGGUUAGUCUUCCGUAUCUGUAUCCAUACCUCUUGGACUGACCACCUACUUCUAGUACUGGUAUAG